AUGAUCAAUGCGGUUGAUCCAACCUAUCCUUUCUUCCCUAUCGCCUCAGUCCUUGCAACGGUGAUGCUUCUACUUGUGUUUCUGACCAGCUUUAUCCGACAAAGCUGGAAUCUCGGGGUUGCCUUCCUGUGCUUCUGGCUCUUCUUCGAGAAUCUCACCAACGCCAUCAACUCCAUCGUAUGGGCCGACAACGCCGACAUUAGGCUCUACGCUUACUGCGACAUUGCGUCUUGGUCAGUCACUCGCCUCCAAGUCUUCACGUCUGUGGUCAAGCCCAUGGCUACAUUGAUCAUCACUCGCCGACUGAGCAUAAUCGCCAGCCAACACUCAGUAGAUCCUGUCGAUCAUGUAGCAAAACUUCGGAGGAAUACGGCGAUAGAAUGGACUCUCGGUUUGCUCAUUCCUGCCAUAGUUGCGGGCCCGUUAUUCUAUGUGGUGCAACAACUCAGGUUCGAAGUGCUCGAAGGAUUCGGGUGCAGCAACUCUCAGGAUGGCUCGAUACUCGACUUAUUGCUCAUCUGGUCGUGGACCGUGUUCCCUCCUCUGGUUUCAGUCAUCGUGUACUACCCCAAGAUAGUUCUGCUCCUCUAUCGCCACAACCGGUCCAUCGAUCGCUUCUUGCAACGCGACGACUCAGUAUCGCGGUCGCACUACUUCCGAGUCCUUGCUCUUGCCAGCAUAGACGUCAUCUUCACCCUACCAAUCGGCAUUGCAUCGGUCGUGGUAGCCCUUACGGAUCAAGCAUCUCAACAUAAUCUACCAUUCUAUGGAGGUUGGGUAUACGUCCAUUCUGAUUGGGCACCAGAGAGCUAUCCUUACUCAGAGCUCGAAGCCGGAGGGGCUCUGAACGCUGCGCAGCAAUACUUCGGUCUGUGGACGACGCCCGUCCUUGCUUUCAUUAUCUUCGGCCUCUUCGGCAUUACUUCCGAGGCUUGUGCAUCUUACAGGCGUCUUUUUCACGUCCUCGGCAGCUGGAGAGGCUGGAAGGCGACAUCGAACGAGCAAGAGUCUGUACAGCCGAUUUCAGGUGACACCGACUUGAGCGUACCGCCUUUGGACACGUGGAUUGAGCCUGAACCCAGAUUGGCGCAAGGUCCACUGGCAUGA